GAGCCGCGCCCCCACCCCCCGCCCGCUUGGCCAGUCCCAAACCCUGCGCCCCGGCCGGCAUGGAGACUGUGGAGAAAGAGUGCGGGGCCCUGGGGGGCCUCUUCCAGGCCAUCGUCAAUGACAUGAAGAGCUCCUAUCCCAUCUGGGAAGACUUCAAUUCAAAGGCCACUAAGCUACACUCUCAGCUCAGGACCACGGUCCUGGCUGCAGUUGCUUUCCUGGAUGCCUUCCAGAAAGUGGCUGAUAUGGCCACCAACACCCGAGGGGCCACAAGAGACAUUGGCUCAGCCCUCACCCGGAUGUGCAUGCGUCACCGAAGCAUUGAGACCAAGCUUCGUCAGUUUACCAACGCCCUGUUGGAAAGCCUCAUCAACCCCCUGCAAGAGAGGAUUGAGGACUGGAAAAAAACCGCCAACCAGCUAGACAAGGACCAUGCAAAAGAGUACAAACGGGCUCGCCAUGAGAUCAAGAAGAAAUCAUCAGACACACUAAAGCUACAGAAGAAAGCGCGAAAAGAGCUACUUGGGAAAGGGGACCUGCAGCCACAGCUGGACAAUGCCCUCCAGGACGUAAAUGACAUGUAUCUGCUCUUGGAGGAGACAGAGAAGCAAGCCGUGCGCCGGGCCCUGAUUGAGGAGAGGGGGCGAUUCUGCACCUUCAUCACCUUCCUGCAGCCCGUGGUGAAUGGAGAAAUCACCAUGUUGGGAGAGAUCACUCACCUGCAAGGCAUCAUUGAUGACCUGGUGGUGCUGACAGCUGAGCCCCACAAGCUGCCCCCAGCCAGUGAGCAGGUGAUCAAAGAUCUGAAGGGCUCUGACUACAGCUGGUCAUACCAGACUCCGCCAUCUUCCCCCAGCAGCUCUGGCUCUCGAAAGUCCAGCAUGUGUAGCAGUGGUAACAGUACAAAGGGUGGCGCCCCAUGGCCUGGCGGGUCCCAAACAUACUCACCCAGUUCCACCUAUCGCUACCGCAGCCUGGCGCAGCCAGUUAACACCAGUACCCGCCUCUCCAGUGUCUCUUCCCAUGACUCUGGCUUCAUCUCCCAGGAUGCCACAUACUCCAAACCUCCAUCGCCAAUGCCCUCGGACAUCACCAGCCAGAAGUCCUCCAGCUCGGCAUCCUCUGAGGCUUCGGAAACCUGCCAGUCAGUUAGCGAGUGCAGCUCCCCCACCUCGGAUUGGUCCAAGGCUGGCCCAUAUGACCAGCCAAUGGCAACCACUCUGCAGCGGAGGAAGGACCGAGUAGAACAUCUGAGGGAAGCAGAAGGGGGCCCAGGCAGCGGGAGCUAUCCCAGCAUUGGUGGGGAAGAGACACCUCGACCCAGGAUGUCCCCUGCAACCAUCGCAGCUAAGCAUGGUGAAGAGGUCUCUCCUGCUGCCAGUGACCUGGCCAUGGUGCUGACGCGGGGCCUGAGCCUUGAGCACCAGAAGAGCAGCCGAGACUCCCUGCAGUAUUCCAGCGGCUAUAGCACACAAACAACCACCCCGUCCUGCUCCGAGGACACCAUUCCCUCUCAAGGUUCAGACUAUGACUCCUACUCUGUGAACGGGGACGUGGAAGUCGAGGGGCAGAGUGAGUUCGACAAGUCUUCCACCAUUCCCCGAAACAGCAACAUUGCCCAGAAUUACCGCCGGAUGAUCCAAACCAAGCGACCCGCCUCCACGGCCGGACUGCCAACAGGCAUGGCCCUGCCUUCAGGGGCCCCGCCGGGCGUAGCCACCAUCCGCCGCACACCCUCCACCAAGCCGUCGGUGCGCCGCACUCUCUCGAAUGCUGGCCCCAUCCCCAUUCGCCCACCUAUCGUCCCAGUGAAGACCCCAACGGUGCCCGAUUCACCUGGUUACACAGGCCCCACCCGGGUGGGCAGCGAGGAGUGCGUCUUCUAUGCUGAUGAUGCUUCCUCACCCCAUGCGCCUGAUUUUGCGAAGGCCUCCCCGAAACGGCUGAGUCUCCCCAACACUGCGUGGGGUGGCACCUCGCUGGAGGUGGCCAGCUACCCAGGAGCGGGACAGUCUCUCUCAGCUGAGGAGACUGAGGAAGAGCAGCAGGAGCUAGCAGCCGAUCGCCACAGCCUGGUAGAGAAGAUUGGGGAGCUGGUGGCAGGUGCCCACGCUCUGGGAGAGGGGCAGUUUCCCUUUCCCACCACCCUAUCCAGCACCUCAGGGGAAGAGACGCCUGUGCCACCCCCCGCCGCUUCGAGUGACCCUCCAGCUGAGGACAUGCUGGUGGCCAUCCGGCGUGGGGUGCGGCUUCGGAGGACCGUCACCAACGACAGAUCUGCCCCCCGCAUCUUGUGAUGUUGCUGCUGCCUCCCCGGCCUCCCAAGCAAAGGAGCCCUCAGGGUCUGGACUGAGCAGCAGGGGCCGUGAGAGAGAGGAGUGAGGAGAGAAAAACAGUCGGGAGCUACAUUAAAUACAAAAGAAAAACAAUAAAGGAGAGAAAAAGAAAAGUGAAAAAAAAAAUACAAGGCAAAGCCACUUUAUGGAUAGAGACACAGAAUCUAGAUUAAAAAAUUUAAACGAGAAAAAAAACUGCUUUAACAAACCUUGGAAAGGUGGAGCCAUUAGCCUUGAACUCUUCUGGAGUCUCUUUCAUACUUUGUCUCACCCCAUCUGUUCCCUACUUUUCUCCUGGUCUCCUCGCCACCCCUUGCCUUCUGCACCUCUCGCCCCUCCCGAGUGAGUGGUGGGGAAAGGUGUCCCUGGCCAGCGGUGAGCCAGGGAAGAUGCCCAGCCAGGCCCGGGACCAGUAGCUCCACAGCUCCCCCCACACUCACACCCAUGCACACACACAGCCUCCUACAAAAGGAGGAAAUGAUUCAUGGUCUUUCUCGGACUCCGUUCCGUUCGUCAUCUCGUCCUCCAGCCGGGCCACUGGUACCUAGUCUGAGCCGCUGCUUGGUUCCUCCCUAACUUGUCUUACCCUUCUCCUUUGUUCUUUCCUUCCUUCUCAAUGUCUCUGCUCUCUCAAUUAGCCAUGACGGCAGGAAAAGGAGAAUACGGGGCCAGUAGCACCUCAGAGUCAUGGGGCCCACCAGCGGAGGACUUUUUACUUCAUUUGAGGGAGCAGCAAGGUGACUAGGGCCCACCAGGAGGCUUCAGGGCCUCACUUUGGAGUCGAUUAUUGCCUUGGCCUCUGUAGCGAUAAGCAAUAUGGCCUCAGGAACAGGAACCCCUGGGACCAGGUCUGUCAGAGGUGUGAGUAACCAGCAGCAGUCCUUGGUCUUAGCAGGGUCUUUUCUAGUCUACACCUUCCUACUACUCAUCCGAUGUACUGGUAGGCAGAACUGGUUCUUUCUGGUGGGGAAGGUGGGAGACAUGUAGGAGCUGAGGAAAACACUGGGAAAAGGAAAGCAAUGUCCAGAAUGCUAUGGAGAAACUCGGUCCGUGGAGGUGGUUGGCAACGUCUCUGAGGAAACCAGGUCUAAUUUGAGCACCUUGUGACAGUAAUUCUGGUGGCACUUUUGGGUCAGUUUCAGCCAUCCUGUCACCCCAACCCAAGACUUGGGGUCGGGGGCUAGAGCUGUACAGAGGGUAUGUGUGUAGGGAGGGGGUGGGGAUUAUUUUGUUAAUAAUAAAAUGAAGGCGAUUAUA